AUGGAUGAUGGUGGAGAAGGGGGUUUAAGCUUCGAUUUCGAGGGUGGGCUGGACUCCGGCCCGGCGCACCCGACCGCGUCCGUGCCCGUAAUCCAAUCGGCGGCGGAUGCGAACGCGGCCUCUGCUGCGGCCGCGCCCAAUUCCAAUAACCCUACCUCCGCGCCCGUGGCGGCGGCGCAGCACGCAGAUGGAAUGGGCGGCGGAGGCGGCGGCGGAGGCAGGAGGAGCUUCCGGCAGACGGUGUGCCGCCACUGGCUGCGAUCUCUGUGCAUGAAAGGCGAGGCCUGUGGAUUCCUGCAUCAGUAUGACAAAUCCCGGAUGCCGGUUUGCCGGUUUUUUCGGCUGUAUGGAGAGUGUAGGGAGCAAGACUGCGUUUACAAGCACACGAAUGAAGAUAUAAAGGAAUGCCAUAUGUAUAAGUUGGGAUUUUGUCCAAACGGCCCUGAUUGUAGAUACAGGCAUGCAAAGCUGCCGGGACCUCCACCUCCUGUGGAAGAAGUUCUUCAGAAAAUUCAGCAGCUGACUUCGAAUAACUAUGGAAAUAACAGAUAUUUUCAAAAUCGUAAUAAUCAGCAAACAGAUAGAUCUCAGUUCCCUCAAGGAUCAAAUGGUAUGCAUCAAGUAGGAAGAAGUACAGAGUCUGGUAAUAUUCAUCAACAGCCACAGCAAAUAGAACAAUCUUCUCAGCAGCAAGGAAGUCAAGGUCAAAUGCAGAAUAUUUCAAAUGGGCAGCAAAUUCAAGCUAGUAAGACAGCCACACCUCUGCCCCAAGGAUCAUCUAGGUACUUUGUGGUGAAAAGUUGCAACCGAGAGAAUCUGGAACUGUCUGUACAACAAGGAGUAUGGGCAACUCAGAGAAGCAACGAGGCUAAACUUAAUGAAGCUUUUGAGUCUGUUGAGAAUGUCAUUUUAAUCUUUUCGAUUAACAAGACCAGGCAUUUUCAGGGUUGCGCGAAGAUGACAUCUAGAAUUGGCGGCUCUGUUGGUGGAGGGAACUGGAAGCAUGCUCAUGGAACUGCACAUUAUGGAAGGAACUUUGCUCUGAAAUGGUUAAAGCUCUGUGAACUGUCCUUUGACAAAACACGACAUUUGAGGAACCCAUACAAUGAGAACCUACCUGUGAAGAUAAGUCGAGACUGCCAAGAACUUGAACCUUCUGUCGGUGAGCAGUUGGCAUCAUUGCUCUACCUCGAGCCAGAUAGUGAUCUUAUGGCCGUCUCGAUCGCAGCAGAACUGAAACGAGAGGAGGAGAAGGCAAAGGGAGUAAACCUCGACAACAGACCAGAAAACAUCGUGCCUUUCGAGGACAACGAAGAAGAAGAGGAUGAAGACGAAGAAGACGAAGAUGAAGAAGAAGAAGAGAGCGAAGAAAACGGGAACUUUUACGGCCGAGGAAGGGGCGGCCCGGGAGGAAUGAUGUGGGCUCCACACGGGCCGCACGUGCCCUUCCGUGGGCCCCGGCCUUUUCCCGCCGCAGUUCCCGGCUUCCCGCCCAUGCCGCCGCCUGAUCCUUUCGUCAUGGGCCCACGAGGGUUCAACCCGUACGGCGGCCCAAGAUUCGUUGGUGACUUUGGUGGGCCCGGGCUUGGGCCCGGAAUGAUGUUCCCGGGCCGUCCAGCUGCUGGGUUCGGGAUGAUGGGCCCGGGCCCAGUACCGGGUCGUGCUCCUUUUAUGAGGGGUGGAAGGCCCCCGGUGGGGAUGCCUCCUCCUUUCUAUCCUCCUCCUCAGCCUCAACUGCCUCACCAAAACAACUCGAAUCGGGCAAAUAGGAGAGAACAAACGGGACCUUACGGUAAUAAUGAAAGGCAUGCCAGUUUUGAACAGAGCAAAGGGCAAGAGAGUCUUGAUGGGAGGAAUCAAGAGAGAGAGACCACCGGUUUCCAACAGGAGGAUCGUUUAUAUAGUGUGGGGAAGAACUAUAGGAAUGAAGAGAGUGAGAGUGAAGACGAGGCUCCGAGAAGGUCGAGGCACGGGGAAGGGAAGAAAAAGAAGGCGUCUGGAGAGAUUGCUUAA